AUGUUCGUGAUGAUACCACAGGCCUUCAGCCUGGUCGAGCUCGGGCCGGAAAAUGACUAUAAAGUCAAGUGCUGGAUCAUCAUCUGCGCUUUGUACGCAUUCCUGGCUGUCGACCGUAUUUUAAUGUAUGGUAUCUUGCUGAAAAAGAAACGCGAAAAUCAUCGCAAAAUCCACGUCAGCACGAUUGAAAGUAUCCUAUCGAGGCAGAAUAGUGUUAUUGAUAGGCAAAGUGAGGUCGGAAGUGAGGCUGAUGAGAGGGAGGAGAUUAUGGCUGAGCUCGAAGUCGCCAUGAUCAACAACGAUUUGACUAGGCGGCUAUCAUCCAGAAGACAAAUCGCCAUGCUACAAACAAAUGAUCGACUCGAAGGGGUAAAUUUUGGAGAGGAUAAUCAGAGGAAAAGAUCGGGAGAAGAACCGGGAUUUCUAAGGGUGUUCAACAAUGAAGUUGUCCAUAGGCGUUCCCCGCCACUCCGCUUCAUGACACCAACAGAAGAACACCAGAAAUCAUCUGGCUCGCUUGAAAAUUUGACCCAAAAUGGAAUGGCUCCCCAGAUAUUGAUUAAUGGCAAGAAGAUGGGAACUAAAAACAAGGACGAUCAAAUCUCGGUCGACAUUAAUAUUGUGGAGAAGAAGGUAAUCCGGUCACCGAAAGAUGAGAUUGCCAAUGUCGCCUACAUGAUAAUUUUUGGGUCUAGCGCUAACAAUUUUGUCGACGGGAUGUCGGUUGGGGCGGCCUUUGCCGACGACAUCAUGAACGGGUUCAGCGUCGGAUCGGCAAUUCUCACUAAUCAAUUUCCCCAGGAAUUAGGCACCCUGGCUAUCUUAAUCAACUCAGGACUGGGCUACAAGAAAGCCCUGCUAUUUAAUUUGAUCCCUAUCGUUCUGUCUUACAUCGGAUUUGGUGUUGGCGUGAUUUUGGAUCGGGUAAAUGAAAGCUACGAUGAUUACAUCUUUGCCCUUUCCGCUGGGAUGUAUUUGUAUAUUUUUCUGGGGACCUUGAUCCCCGAAAUUCGGGACGCAUGCCAAGAAUUGGCAAAGGAAAAUUUGGGGGAAUCACUGCUGGUUACUGUAUUACAGGUACUUGGAAUUGUUGUCGGAAUCGGGUUCGUGUUUAUGAUGGGUGAACUGAAAUCGUCAUCU